AAAGCUAGUGCAUCUCACUCCAAGUUCGCAGAGAAUAGCUGCAGUUGGGCUAUGCUUCCGGGCUCUACGCAUUUGCUCUUACCCAAACGCUGAGCCAUUGCGGGAAGGCGCCCUCAGCUGCUAAGCCCAUUGUCGACGCUCAGAGCUUCAGGCCGCGAUACACCAGCCUGGCGUCCCUCACCCCGCCCCCUAUCUACCCAGCUGUUACGACAGGUCGCGGUUUCAAUCGAGUGUGUCUCCGACCCUCUUCCGUGUCGCUGUCGCUCGGUCAAGACCUAUACGCCCUUCCUUCGCACACUCGUCGCGUGGCUCGCUGACAGCAUGGGCGGCGCAUUGGAUUCUUUCCUCUCGUAUCUUCGCGUUCCUUUGAUCGCCUCUUCGGGGAUUGCUGCUUUGCUCAGCGGAGUCCUUUACUUCAAGCAGAACGAAAUCAUCUACGCAAGAAACUUCCCGCCUGACGCGCGAACCAACGUACCCCGCCCUGCACAAUUCGGCAUACCCGACUUUGAGGAGCUCUUCAUUCCUACACCCGAUGGAGAAUCGCUGAGCGCCUUCUACAUACGCGCAAACAGGGCCCAGUCGCGCAAUGUGACGCUGCUGAUGUUCCACGGCAAUGCUGGCAAUAUCGGAUAUCGGCUACCUAUCGCCAAAGUUCUAGCGGAGGAGAUGGGCUGCAACGUUUUUAUGCUGCAAUACCGAGGCUACGGCCUCUCCACAGGCACACCGAAUGAAAAAGGCAUCAAUAUCGACGCACAGACGGGGUUGGACUACAUUAGAAAUCGGCAUGAGCUGCGAAGUACACGCGUUGUACUGUACGGGCAAAGCCUAGGAGGGGCAGUCUCGAUUGGCCUUGGUGCUCGCAAUCAAAAGCAAGGCGAUAUUGCUGGUAUCAUCCUGGAGAAUACGUUCACUUCUAUGCGCAAGAUGAUCCCUUCAGCCCUGCCACCCGCGAAGUAUCUAGCACCUUUCUGCCACCAGGUAUGGCCGAGUGAGGAUACGCUACCGCAGAUCAUUAAUAUUCCCAUACUGUUCUUGAGUGGCCUGCGAGACGAGAUCGUACCGCCUUCACACAUGAGUAAACUUUAUCAAGUAUGUCGAUCGACGCCUAAGGUAUGGCGGGAACUACCAAAUGGCACGCACAACGACUCCGUCUCUGAGCCCGGGUACUUUGCCUACAUCGACGAGUUUCUCUCUGAGCACGUCGGCAAGUGA